AGGUCGGCGCAAGCGCGGAGGCCGGGGCAGUUGGCCGGCGCGCCACCGCGCAUGUGUGUCAACUACCAGGGUGGGUGCCGGGCCGGAGGCUUUAGAGUAACAGCGCAGGCACCACACCUGCUGGUGUCCCGAUGGAGCAGCGUGCUGGCCAUCCCAGCGGAGAAGCCAAAGAGGAAAGUAACGCCGUGCCUCUUUGUCCAGCCAAACCCUCCCCUAGCUUUAUUAAUCUUCCAGCAAGUUCCCCACCAGCCGCUUCCCUGAGCAUCCAGAAAACAAAGCUGCCCUCAGGAGUUGACCACAAGCCCACGGAAUGCCUGGGACUCCUGGAGUGUAUGUACGCCAAUCUCCAGCUCCAGACCCAGCUCGCCCAACAGCAGAUGGCUAUUUUGGAAAAUUUACAAGCGUCCAUGACACAGCUGGCUCCUGGGAGGGGAAGCAAGAACUCUACUCUCCCAGCCUUACCCCGCAGCCUGUUGUUAAAUCACCUGCCCCAGUCCACUAAAUGAGUCGUGGAAC